AUGAGGAAAACAAAAUCUUAGUAAAAAAAAUAAGAAAAAUCUUUUGAAUAUGAUAACAUAGAAGAAAUAGAAUAAAAGUUUGAGUAAUUUUCAGAAAAUUAUAGAAACCAUUCACAUAAGAAUACUAACACUGUUCAGAUCUCUCUUCUAAAAAGUAUUUUAAAAAAUAAAGGACCAACUUUAAGCUAAUAGGCAUAAAGCAUUUAACAAUUAUAAGAUCUCAAAACAUUCUUUCUAAAUAAUUGUGAAUCAAAAAUAGCUCUCGUAGAAAGACUCUCUAGCACUAGAUAAUUAGCAGAUACUCCGUUAAAUAUUAUUAGAUCUUAAACCACUAAAAAUACUGUGAUCAUCAAAUCUGAUUAAAUCCCUAUUAAUGAUAAUAAGUAAAAUAACUAGUAGUAAUAACCUUUCGCAUCUUAAAAUAAAUUGAACUAAACUAAUAGUAUUAUGGAUAUCAGCUAAACAAGUAACGAAAAUUUUUAAAGAAAAAAUAAAAAAACAUUAACUUUUCAAUAGAAUUUGAAUUCUUUACAAGACAUUUAGAUGAAUAGCAAAUUUGCUGAUUAGAAAUAAUCAAAUAUUGUUAAACAAUAAUCGUAAGCUGAUAUAUCUGUUUUGACAGGUUAAGGUUAUUCUAACUAGAAGUUAUAAAAUAGUAUGCUAGAUAUCGAUUCUGCUUUUGCGUCUACUGAAAUAUUUUCUUCAUAGAGUUAAAAAGCUUAAUAAGCAAUUUCUAGGUAAGCUUCUUUAUCAAAUUUUUCUUCUCUUGUGCUCAAAAAUGGAGAUUAAACCCCUUUGAAGGUCUAGAAUAACCUUCUACAUUCGCAGAAUACUAUUUUAUCAAAGGAAGAAUUGAAUAGUCCACAAUUUAUUUAGGAUAAAUAAAAGUCUUAUUCAGUUAGUGGCUCAAUCAAUUAAUUUUAAAGUCCACUAAAAUCUAUCAGAGAAAGAUAAAGAGGCAAUACAAUUCAUAUUAAAGAUAUAAUAAGUCCUACUCCUAGGGCCAGUGCAAGAAAAUUAACAACAAGAAUUUUUGAAAAUAUGAAUUAUUCCUAAAGAAAUACAGCUACAUUUGCUGACAACAUCUAAUAACAAUAAAAUCAAUUCAACACCGCUUCAUAAACUUAACAAAAUCUGCAAAGCUCUGCAUACACUGAAUUAUUAUAAUAUAAAGAAUAAAUAAGAAAACAAAAUAAAAUCUGUUAAUUAAUAGGAUAAGAUUUAGCAAAUUUUGCUAUCGCUGCAAUAUUAUUAAUAUAGAAUAGAGACAAAAAAGAAUCAGAAAACCAAGAUAUUACCUAAAAAUUUUUAUCUGCUUUUGGGAUAAAUAGAAGGGCAUUAGAUUCUAUGAGAAAGGAAUAGGACAAAAGGGAAUAUGUAGUAAAGCAGAUAGUUUCUUAACUCAAAGAAUAAUAUGGGCAGUGGUAAACAAAAAAUGAAGCUAGAAAUAAGGAAGCUUAAAAAUUUGAAAAUUAGUUUAAAUCGAAGAUAGAAGAAGAUAAAAAGAGAGAGAGAGAACAAAAAGAUUAGUUUAAAUGGUUAAAAAUAAAUACUUUUUACAGUGAAUUAGAAAAUAAUCUAAAAAGCAUGGUUGUUAUGAAAAUAAAUAAUUUUUAUAACUAAAAUUUUUUACUUGAUAAAAUUAUGUCAAAGAAGAUUUCAUAAAAUAAUGAGAAUAAUUAAAGUGAAGAUAAAAAUUAAUUAGAAAAUAGUUUUAUUAAUGAAAUUAAUAAUAUCUAAUCUAACUCAUAAAUAUUUUAAAUAAAUUCAUUAGAUAACUAAAAAAUUGAUUAAUAACUCAUAGACACUACUACUACAAAAAUUCAACAAAAGCUUUAUGAAGAUACAUUUAAAAACGAUAAUUAAACUAAGUAAUCUGAAGAAAAUUAGGCUUUGACAACAAGAAAAAGAGGUAAAACUUAAAGUAGGAUAGAAAUAUCUAAUAAAAAUCUAGAAAUUAAUAAUUUACCUGAAGAAAAUUAGGGUUUAACAACAAGAAGAAGAGGAAAAACUUAAGAAAAUUAAGGUUUAACAUAAAGAAAAAGAGGUUAAACUCAAAUAAUAAAAAUAGAAACAUCUAAUAAAAAUAACGAAAUUAAUAAUUUAAACAAUGUAGAAAAGAGAGAUUCUCAUGUAAUUGACGAGAUUAGCAAUAAAUUACUCUUUAUUUAAAUUAAUUAAAAUGAAAAUAAUAAAUAAUAAAAUGUCGUUAAUGAUAAAAUAAUAAGCGAUUCACUUAAUUCAAAGCUUGAAAAUACAGAAAGUUAGUAAAAACCUCUUUAGAAACUCUAUGAAAAAAUAAAGCCUGAUUAAGGAAAAACAAAAUCAGAUGUCAGAUCACAAUCUCUUAAUGAUUUAAAAGGAAAAUUUAAUCCUGAAAUUCUUCGAUAAACUUACAAUAAAUAGCUUAAUCAAUAUAUAGAAUAAAAAUAAAGUGAAUAUAAAGGAUAAAAGCAUAUAAAAUCUUUUUAAAUUGUAAAGCUUUAAGAAUAGAUUGAUAAUUGCUUGAGGAUUGGAUAAACUAUUUCAGAAUAAGAAUAAGAAACUGAGUAUAGAUGGCUUAAAGAUAACAUGAUUAAAGGGUUAAGUAAGCAGGAAUACCUGGAUAAAUAAAAGAGAGUCCUAUAUGAUAAUUAUUAUUGGAAUUAAGAAACAGAGGACAUAUUUGUUAAAAAAAGAAAUUAAUUGUAACAUAGAAAUUUUCAAAGUGUAAAAUCUAAUAAUUUUAGUGAACUAACCAUAUAUGAGUUCAUGAGACUCAUCUUAAAGAAUACAAACGUAUAGGAUAUUAACAGAGAGAAUCUAAUGAAAAGGUAUUAAAAAGGAGAAGCUCUAUUAGAAGAAUAAAUGGAAUUUUUAGCUGCUACUAACUAACUUCUAAAUAAAUUUAUUGAUAAGAAGUUUAUGAAAGAAGCUAUUGAGAUUUUAGAAAAGAAUGACAUCUUAAAAACAUUUGAGCUAAUAUUAGCUGAAAACAUAUUAAAAUCAUAUAAUACGGUUAAAAAUAUUUUGUAUAAUCACAGAGAAACAUUUUUAAGUCAUAAAAAUGAAUAUACUAGAACCUAAUAUGAUGAAAAGAAGAAAAAAGAUCAAGAAUAUUCUGAAUUUUUAAAAAAUUUAGAAAUUCACAAAAAAAAGAGUAAGAUGUAUGCUACAGUUUUAAAUUAUUUAGAAAAAAUUAAUCACUAAAAGUAGCAAAACUGUAAAAAAAUUAAUGAAGACGAUAUCGUUGAAAAAUAAGCAACUUAAGUUUAAAAAACUCAAGCUUCAAAUAUGUUUUCUGUAGAACUUGCAAACACUACUUAAGAAACUAUAAAUCCAAAAGAAGUUAUGAUCAACUAAAAAUAAAAAUCUCACGAAUUAACUCAUCCCAAAUCUGUUGAUAAAAUUAUGAAAUACUACAACUAUCAUCCGCCAACAAAAAUAGUUUUAGGAGAAGAAGAAAAAACACCUAAAAAUGGUUAAAAUUAAAUUUAAGAUUAAAGUGAAAAAAAUAAAAAUGUUUCAAAAUUAGAAUUCAAAGAUAAACUUCGUAUUAAAAAACUUGAUGAUAAAUUAUAAGAUAAGUAAAAAUUUGCAAAAUUUUAUUCUGGAGGACCUGCUCCUAAAUUUAAAAGGGAAAUUAACGAAAAAGAGCAUUAAGUCUAGAUAUUAAAAAUAUAAAGUUUUUUUAGAAUGAAACUUGCCUAAAAUGUAUUUAAAGAGAAAAAGUACGUUUAGCAAAAAAAUUAAAGAAUGAAUAAAUUGCUUUUAGAUCAAACCAAAGAGCAACCACUGUAGAUAAACUAAUCAUUUUUUCCAAGGAGUUGUUCUCCCUUAACUAAGAGGGUUUACUUUUAAACUCCUAGAUAAUAAUCUAUCAAUAAUAAAAUAAUACUUAAUCAAUAUUAAAGGAAUAUUUUAGAUCCUUUUUAAUAAAUUCAAUCUGAUUUGAAAAGAAACAUCAACAAACUUGAACUAAGUUAUCAGAAAAAUAAUAGAAAGGAAAGAUUAGCAAGAGGUAGGGCUGAUAGAUUAAUUUAGUAUGUCAGAGAAAAUAACUUUUAUAAAAUAAAAAAAACUGGGCUAAAUUAUGACUAAGGAGAAGUAUUAAUGACUGAUAAAAAGAAAAAUACAGCACUAUAUUAUGCAGUCAAAAACGGGAACUGUUUAAUAGCUAAAUUUUUAUUAGAGAAAGGAGCUGAUUUGAACUAAUAGUGUAACAAAAUGAAUACUCCUAUGCAUAUGGCUUUUAAAUAUAAUGACAUCAAUAUGAUAUUCUUACUACUAGAUUAUGGAGCAGAUUUAAACAUUAAAAAUAGUAAAGGUUUUACUCCCUUAGGUUAUGCUUAGAUGGAUACUUUACAAAAAUAUGGCUUAGAAGAAGCAAUUGCGAAGAAGAAUAUUAUACAAGACUAAAAUAGUCCUUAAAAAAAUACAAUUGAUAACAACUAAUUUAUGGCUUAAAGAGAGAGUUAGAACUUCGAAAAAGCAUUCAUUAUUGAAUAAGGAAUGCAAACCAAUUUUUAGUAAGACUAAUAUAGAGACUCUUUUGUUGAACAUACUCCUCAGAGGAAAGAACAAAGAUAAAGCUCUGUUAAAAUAAAUUAUUAAUCUCCAUUCGUAUCAAAGUUGGAGUAUUCACCUCAAAUUGAAUUUGGAAAAUCUUCUUUUCAAUCUAAUUUUAGUUAAAAAUAGCAAACUAUCAAUGUCAAUCCCGCUUUCAAACCAUAGGAAUGA